AUGGCAGAUGUUGAUGCGAUCGUUCAGAUAGCUGUCGACGUGAUCCCUCAAGAGCCGCAGGUUCUAUAUCAGUACCCGUACACCGACAAGUUCCCCGAAGACUGCUAUAGAUGCACCACGGAAGAGAUAAAGGGGUUUGUCGAGAAUGCUAGUCCGGCGUCAGAUAUUCUUGUGAUGGUAGCUGAAGUCGACAAUGAAAAGUCGCCUUCCGGAAAGACAAUAAUUGCGCAUACAGUCUGGGAUCUUAUGGCGGUUGGUAACAAAAAGGCCGCUGCGCUGCGAGAGGAACUGGGAAGUGUCAACGACACAGCAGAUAAAUUCGACUGUUCAGACCGCCGCGACGCCGAUUGGAAUCGCAUCGAAUACUACAGUCGGAUAAUAAGUCGAAUUACAUGGGAAUAUCUCGAGCCCACCGACCGCACCACGCUGCCUCGAACGUACAUCCAUCUGAUUAGAGUAGCAACAUCCCCCCAAUGGCAGCGCCAUGGUGCUGGCACUUUGCUUUGUAAUUGGGGAAUCGACGUCGCUCAAAAACACAAUCUACAGAUUGGGUUAUUUGCGACCCCGUCUGGUCGCGGGCUAUACACCAAGUUGGGUUUCCAGAAGCUGACAACGGCAUUCGUGCAAAUGCCCGAGGAGAAGGAAAAUGUGAGCAUGACGGUUAUGAAAUGGUAUCCUCAACCACAGAAAGCUCCCGGACAAGCAUUAAAUGCUGUGAAAAGAUUACUGUUCUGUGGAGUGGACUCUACAUGA